CUAAGGAUCGAUAUUCUGGGUGUCAAUUUUCGUUUUCCUAAAUUGUGUGUUAUUAUCACAAAUGACUACAAACGAACAGUCUACUGCCACACGAGCGAGACUGUUUGUUGGGUUACGGCUAUACACUUUGAAAGACUGGUAAUGAACGCAGUCAUCUGUAUGUACGGACACUGCUGGGCAAUAACGAGUGGGUAGAGGAUCGGAUCAAUAACGUUCGUCACUAUCAACAUGGGUAAUCAAAAGUCGUGCUGAAACCUCUUCGUUUAUCUCUCUUUCGAGCGUUGUCUUCCGGGUGACUCUACCAGCUUAUCGUGUUGGAGGUACAUUGGUGCAGUGUGUCCUGUUGAACUGUCAUAAAUGCAUUUCUUUUUAAUUUAUUCUUCAGAUGAAUGAGCAUAUUGACAACUCGACGAGAGUAUUCGUGUGUUUAGAGUCAACUUUCUUGAAUACCUAAAACGAACAGAACGUCUUCCUGGAACGAGAUCAUCUAUGUUUACUGUCGCACCAGGAACACAUUUUCAAUUCCUGCUUAAAGAGAGAGAUAUAUAUACACACAUGGGUAGUCGCGCAGUUGGCCUUUAUUCCGAUAGUCGUCGAUUCGCUGAGUGUGUGAUUGUUGUAUUUGAGAGUCGCAUGGAGUGUAGAAUAUAAACAAAUCCCAAUAUAUCUAGUGGAUAUAACAGUUUUAACAACUAGUGAACGUAACUGGUUUGAAGAUUUCUUAAAUUGUACUGGAUAAAUAAACCUAAAAGACAAAAUCACAAUGGCUGAAAACACAGUGUUGACAUUCUUGGAAGCUGUCAAGAUAGGCCAGAACAGAAAGGAACUGAAGAAGAGUCUGCAAGAUUCAUCGAAAGCCAAUCUGAUGGGCUGGAAAGAUGAGCACUCAAUGGACGUGUUACACCAUGCAAUACUUCUCAACAGCCCUGAAGCUGUUCAGCUUCUCCUGUCAGAAGGUUAUUUUCAGGCUCCGUACCAACCCUCUGUGAACUUGUAUGCACACCUAACUUGUCAUCUGGGCUACAGGACAAUUCUAAACUUGCUUUUAGAAUACAGAGCAGACGACUUUCGGGUAUUAGGUACUGUUGUCCUUCCUGGGCAGUAUUGGUUGGCAUCAAAGGAUCAGGUCGGCGACAUUGUGGUGAAUAGCAGUGUAGCAAAAUGUCCACUGGAUAUAGCAGCGGACGAAGGACAUAUUAAAUGCGUUAAAACAAUUUUAAACAUGUUCGUGUUAAAAGCUAAUCCUGAUGCUCCAUCUAAAGGGGACGUAACCCUUGCUUGUUUGGCCGAUUCGCCGAACGCUCUGACGUUGGUCCUGAAGGAGAAACAACGAUCAGACGAUAUCAAGCACGCAAUGGAGUUCUGCCUCAGACAACCUCGACCACAGUGUCUUGAUAUUCUCCUAAAGCUCGAUGUGGAUACGUCAUCGUUGUUCAAGCACAUGAACUUCUAUCACGUCCUCUACACGUACAGCUCCAAGUUCGACGAGCACAGCUACUCUUUGUUACCCCAGAUGACAACAGUAUUAAUUGACAACGGCUACUCCGUAAACGCCAAGUCACCACCGAGAACCUAUCCCAUCUACAGUCUCCUGAGUCAUGCGUUCUGUAUCUGUAACUAUGAAAACACGAAAUAUUACAUAGAAUGUCUUCAGAUGCUUCUAAAAAAUGGCGCCGAUCCGUGCUUCGACGAAGUGGCAUUUGAGAGGUCGCAGCUAAAGCAUGGCAAAAAGGCCGCAGUUGGGCGACACUCGUUUUCCUCUGGACUCCAUUGUCUUUUAGAAACUGUUGAGGACUAUGCGAUCUAUCUUGAUUCCCGUGCGUUGGCGGUGAAGUUCGUCUUGGAAUGUGCAGACACCUUGGUACGUUUCAACGCCUCUGUGAGACAGGUCGGUCGCAUAGGAGGAAACACUAGUUCACUGUUGGGCAACGUCUUGCAUCAGUAUGCGAAAUCUAGUGCGACUAUCGGGGUAGACUUGGAGAUCAUACGAUGCAUUCUGCGUCACGGCGCUAACCCAGACGAUAAAGUCGGAGGCAAAUAUGCAAUAAACGUGUUUAUUGACAAACUCUAUGAGAAGUUGAAAGCGGAUGAACCAGCGGACGCGGAGGAUAAGUACAAGCAGGACGCCAAACACAUGCUGACGGUCUGUGAAUAUAUGAGAAACUCCGCCAUUAGAGAAGCGACGCGCAUCAACAGACUGGAACAUUCUAGGGAAAUAUCUCGAUUUGUCAAACCUUAUGUUGAGUUCUUCAAAGAAGAGCUCAAUAAGAAGUCAAGUAACGUAAAGUCCCUUCGGCGUCUGUCUUCGUGGAUUGUCUGGAAGCGGUGCGGUAUGAAAGCGAACAACGUGUAUUUGUUGAAGGUCACGGCCAGGGUCAAAACCGACAUCAUUCCGCUGUGUGAUGGGACCGCCACCCCGUUUGUCUUAGGUGUGUGACCACUUGUUCAUUAUACGUGUAUUCUUCAAAACUGACACCAUUCCGGUGUGUGAUGGGACCGCCACUCCCGUUUGUCUUAGGAGAGUGACCACUUCUUCAAUGUACGUGUAUUCUUCAAAACUGACACCAUUCCGGUGUGUGAUGGGACCGCCACCCCGUUUGUCUUAGGAGUGUAACCACUUCUUCAAUGUACGUGUAUUCUUCAAAACUGACACCAUUCCGGUGUGUGAUGGGACCGCCACUCCCGUUUGUCUUAGGAGAGUGACCACUUUUUCAAUGUACGUGUAUUCUUCAAAACUGACACCAUUCCGCUGUGUGAUGGGACCGCCACUCCCGUUUGUCUUAGGAGGGUGACCACUUCUUCAAUGUACGUGUAUUCUUCAAAACCGACACCAUUCCGGUGUGUGAUGGGACCGCCACCCCGUUUGUCUUAGGAGUGUGACCACUUCUUCAAUGUACGUGUAUUCUUCAAAACUGACACCAUUCCGGUGUGUGAUGGGACCGUCACCCCGUUUGUCUUAGGAGUGUGACCACUUCUUCAAUGUACGUGUAUUCUUCAAAACUGACAUCAUUCCGGUGUGUGAUGGGACCGCCGCCCCGUUUGUCUUAGGAGUGUGACCACUUCUUCAGUGUACGUGUAUUCUUCAAAACUGACACCAUUCCGGUGUGUGAUGGGACCGCCACUCCCGUUUGUCUUAGGAGAGUGACCACUUUUUCAAUGUACGUGUAUUCUUCAAAACUGACACCAUUCCGCUGUGUGAUGGGACCGCCACUCCCGUUUGUCUUAGGAGAGUGACCACUUCUUCAAUGUACGUGUAUUCUUCAAUGUGUCUUGUUUGCUAGCUUCAAAACCGCGCCGACGUCUGGACGACAUUGUCUUUUACAAAUAGCUCAAAUCUAACCAGCUGUUUGCAGUCUCCAGUUUUAGCAAAAUGAAGUUUUGGAAUGUGCGAACAGUUGUGUUUCUUGGUUUAAACAGUACAACAGCACAACUCAAAGAAAUAUACAAUUAUGUAUUAUUUUUUCAGAAAGAUUUAAUUGAAGAUUGGCAUCAAGAGUGAAGUUUUAUGUAAAAGUGUGUGCUUGUAUUUACAUUACAGAGUUUAAAUGGCAUACGAAAUAUACUGUCCAAUGUAUUGUCCGUUUACAGCCGUUUACAGCUUUGACACUGAAGUCCGUUUGAUCAUCAAUGACGACCCGUUUCACACAAACAGCUACUGAUGGCACGACAAUGCUGUUAAGUGUACUGUUGUUACAAAUGAAAUACUGGUAUAUAGUUCGGAAACAUUCCAAAACCAACUGUCUGAAUGAUUAACUGUUUGGUCAGCUAGAUGGACUCUUCUUUGUCCUUACUUCACAUGCCAUCAGUUUCUAAUUGUGUGUGUACUUGGCAGAUUGGCGUCCCUGUAUUGGACUGUAACAGUCAUCUACAGAAAGCAUGUGGUGUGCCUCAGUGGAGACUUUUUACCAGUCAGACAUGUUAGUGCGUGCAGUUGUCGUUAUUUAUUAACCCAAAGAAGAAGCAUAUUUUCAUAAUAGAGCACACGUCCGAGAUGCGAUGGUCCGUGGGAUCUAUCUCCAUUAGUGGACCCGGUCACGUGCUUAUACAACCUUUAGAGUCUAGAUUCAAAUAUGUCAUAAUGCCAUGGUAACGCCAUAUACAUUGCAUGUGCGUGAUGUUAUUAAAGAUUUAAAACUAAUGUGUUAUAAGUACAGGCCCCGUGGCUCAGUUUCUUGCCCACGACUGAUAUAUCGAAGGCCGCAAGCGCUACCUUGUUGUUUUUUGCUAUCCCGCAUGAGUAAGCUACGUGGUGGAUUUUGGUUGUUGUCUCACUCUUUAGAGCAAAACAAGUUCAAGUUUUUUUGCAUAACGACUCCACUAGAGCAUAUUGAUUGAUUAUCAUCAGCCACUGGAUGUCAAACUUUUCGUUUAACGACACCACUAGAUUAAUUAAUUAAUAAUCGGCUAUUGGAUUUCAA